AUGUCGCUGCCAACCACCACCACCACCACCACCAUCCCGCCGGACGGCCUGCGGGUGCAUGGAAUCCCCCCCAAGUUUGACGAGUCGAAAGCGAAUUGCACCUCUGCUAUCUUGUUGACGCUGGACGAUGACUUUCUGCGAGAUGCGCGGAAGGUGUCGAGUAUGCACUUCCUCACGGGGAAUACACCGAAAAUCCGACUGGGAAAGCGAACCAUCGACCUCACCCUCUCCUCAGAAGCCUUUCGUCAUGAGUUGUUCACGGCCUCCGAGGGUACGCUGGACUUUGCCGGAGUCAUGAGCCAUCGGGGCCAGGUCAAGACGGUGGACAGGAAACAGAGCGAGGGAGCUGAUGUAGCGCUGGCCGCUUUACAAAACACCUUGGCCUCGUAUCAGCAGGAAAAGCAGGCCAAGGCCGUCAACAUCUCGAGCUCCAUCAUUGCUGCUCCCGAGAACCGCUUCAAGGCUGCGAAGCAGGCACAGCGUCGUGGCUUGCUGGGAUCCCACGCGGCCAGUCCGUUGAAUGCGGCGGGUGCAUCUCAUCUCGGUGCCGGUCCCACUUCAUUCCCCACCACCGACUCGGCCGUCAAGAUCCAAGCCAUGCGUACACCCCUCAUCCAUCUCUUGGCAAUGCGGCCGCUGAAGCAGGAGGACAUAAUCCAAAAGACUCGCAUCCCAAAGGAGGACUUGGAUGAGAUUCUGGUCAAGGUGGGGAAGCAGGUGGAUGGGAAAUGGCAGUUGACGGAUCGCGCGUGUAAAGAGUUGGAUGUGUACAAGUUUGGAUACAAAUCGCAAGAGGACAGACAGGCUGCCAUUGACACGGCCAUCAGAGCGUAUGAUCGGAUGCGGCUGGGAAAGGACGAGAAGAUUUGGCAGAUGUUGCUGCCACAGGAGGAGAGAGGCAAGGGUGUGGUCUUGUCCAAGCUACACCUGGGCGCCGGGGGAGCAGCACGAGGCUUGACGCCCAACUAUGGAGCGAGUCCGAUGUUGGGUGGUGAUACAUCUGCGGAAAAGGGAGGAGCCAGUGCAUCGAAUACGCCCAAGAUUACUGGAGCGUUAUCCAAGACCCUCUUCGCAAAGGACCCGAAGAAAGCGCGUGCCGCUGAAGAGGCCAAAGAGAGGAAACGGAAAGACCGAGAGGCCAACACCAGUGACAAGGAAGGGGGAAAUCCCAUCCGGAAGAAGCAGACGACCAAGACGAAUAAUCCCAAGGUCAAAUCCGCCGAACUCGUCCACAGUUCUGAUGAAGACAGCAUAUCAUCAUCAGGUGCGAGCAAGGAUAUUGGGAGGUUGCCGAAAGCGUCUCCAAACGAGCGAAAGCCUUUGGCAGGCACGGCGAAGGCGAAGCCUGCUACCACAACAACAUCAUCAUCAUCAACAACGACAUCCAAUACGAAUAAUGCUGCAGCAAAAACAACAAAAGCCAAAACCACCACCACCACCGGGACCCUAUCCAAGAUCGCUGCACCGAAAACGCAUGCCCUGCCCGCCAAACCCAGCCCAUCUCUCCUCACAUCCACCGUCAGAGUCACGAAACCUGCCAGCAUUGGCAAAAACACGCCAUCUACAUCUACAUCUACAUCUCAAGGCCGAAGCCAGCUCAGUCCACAAAAUCGAAACAGCCGGCCAAACGUGCCAUCACCACUAGGAGCAGCUCGUCCUCGCACCACCUCCGAUGUCUCAACCACAGGCCCCCAACAACGAGUGAAACCUGGUGCAGAGACUCCCAAAGGGUUGGGAAUCACGAAUGGCGUCAGGAAGCGCCAGGAUACCACCACAAGCAACGGAUCGACUUCCUCGGACAGAAUACACGAGAAGAAGCCCAACGGGAAUGGAAUCCGCAAACCCACCACCACCACCAACGGCACAAACCUCYCCAAAGCCCCCAUGACCAACGGCACCUCUCACAAACCAGAAGUGACCACCAAACGCAAAGCCGUCGAUUCCACGCCCCAACAAACCUCUCGCGAGAACAACGUCAAACAUCGCAAAACAGCCUCCAACUCCUCGGAGAAAUCCCACGCCAGUUCGGUCGGAGCGCGCAGUAGCGUGGAAGAAGGCGGACGCGCUCGCAGCGACUCCGCCGCCUCACUCAUCGAAAACAUCACGUAUCGCCAGGGCGUCAAUAUGGCGCGACAAUUCCGCGAUUCGUAUUAUCCGCAGUAUGCGAGGGUUUAUGAUGAGCAGGCCGCGAUGGAGGAGCGCGGGGAGGAGGUUCCGCGGGCUGAGAGGGAAAGGUUGUGGGCGUUGCAUCGGAGGUUGGAGCAGAUGAAGAGGGAAAUUAAGGCGGCUAGUUUGAGGGAGGGGGAUGAGGAUUGA